CUCGCGAGGCCCACAGGAGCCGAAACGCGAAGGUUGUCAGGAGCAGCAGGAGGAGGCCACGGCUGGACAGUGUCUGACGUGGAAAGUGUCAGCACUGAGUAAGAAACUUCGGGCCAAAACAAGCCUCGAGAACAAAAUCCCCCCAGUUCUCUGUAAGCUCCUGCGGGUUUCACAGAGGACAGCACAAUGAGUCUGGAUAAGGCGAAGCUGUGUGAUUCACUGUUAACCUGGUUACAGACAUUUCAGGUGCCAUCGUGCAACAGCAAGCACGACCUGACAAGCGGAGUGGCCAUUGCACAUGUACUGCACAGAAUAGACCCUUCUUGGUUUAAUGAGACAUGGCUAGGCAGGAUCAAGGAGGAGAGCGGGGCCAACUGGCGCCUCAAGGUCAGCAAUUUGAAAAAGAUUCUGAAAAGCAUGAUGGAAUAUUAUCACGAUGUGCUCGGUCACCAGGUGUCUGAUGAGCAUAUGCCAGACGUGAACCUGAUAGGAGAGAUGGGAGAUGUCACAGAACUGGGAAAGCUGGUACAGCUCGUGUUGGGUUGUGCAGUCAGCUGCGAGAAGAAACAAGAGCAAAUCCAGCAGAUAAUGACACUCGAGGAAUCUGUCCAGCAUGUUGUGAUGACUGCCAUUCAGGAACUCUUAUCGAAGGAGCCGUCAUCUGAACCGGGAAGCCCAGAGACCUACGGGGAUUUUGACUAUCAGUCCAGAAAGUAUUAUUUUCUGAGUGAGGAGGCAGACGAGAAGGAGGACCUGAGCCAGCGCUGUCGACACCUUGAACAUCAGCUGUCAGUGGCUCUGGAGGAGAAGAUGUCCCUGCAGGCAGAGACGCGCUCCCUGAAAGAGAAGCUCAGCCUAUGCGAAUCUCUGGACGCCUCCACCACUGCCAUCACUGGCAAGAAGCUGCUGCUGCUGCAGAGUCAGAUGGAGCAGCUUCAGGAGGAAAACUACAGACUGGAGAACGGCAGAGACGACAUGCAUGUGCGGGCAGAGAUACUGGAGCGCGAGGUGGCUGAGCUGCAGCUACGGAACGAAGACCUGACCAGCCUGGCGCAGGAGGCCCAGGCCCUCAAAGACGAGAUGGACAUCCUCAGGCACUCGUCUGACCGGGUGAACCAGCUCGAGGCGAUGGUGGAGACGUACAAGAGGAAGCUGGAGGACCUGGGAGACCUGCGCAGACAAGUGCGCCUCCUGGAAGAGCACAACACUGUGUACAUGCAGCGCACGUGCGAGCUGGAGGAGGAGCUUCGCAGGGCCAACGCUGUCCGCAGUCAGCUGGACACCUACAAGAGACAGGCUCAUGAGCUUCACACCAAGCACUCAGCAGAGGCCAUGAAAGCUGAGAAGUGGCAGUUUGAGUACAAGAACCUUCACGACAAGUACGACGCACUGCUGAAGGAGAAGGAACGUCUGAUCGCAGAAAGAGACACACUGCGGGAGACAAACGAUGAGCUCAGGUGUGCACAAGUCCAGCAGAGGUAUCUCAGUGGAGCAGGUGAUAGCAGCAGCUUAAUAAGUUUGUGUUGCAUCUUUCACGUCUUUUACCAUCUGCCUCUCUAUAAACCCUUUUCCUUCUCUAGUCAUGCCCCCUCCCCCACACACCUCCCUCCUUUUGUUUUUUUGUUUUUUCCCUCCUUCUCUUCCCAACCUUUCCUCUCAUUCUUACCCCAUGUUUCCUUUAUUUUCCUCUUUCCAAGGCUGAACCAGCAGCAGAUCUCAGAGCUGCGUUCUCAGGUCGAGGAGCUCCAGAAAGCACUCCAGGAGCAGGACAGCAAGAACGAGGACUGUCGAUGUGUGUACUGUUCCAGGGAGAAGCUCCAGGAGGCCCAGUCAGACCUGCAAAAGAAAAAAGAGGUCAUUGAUGACCUGGAGCCCAAAGUAGACAGCAACAUGGCUAAGAAGAUUGAUGAACUCCAGGAGAUCCUGCGGAAGAAGGACGAGGACAUGAAGCAGAUGGAGCAGCGAUACAAGCGCUACGUGGAGAAGGCGAGAACGGUGAUCAAAACCCUGGAUCCUAAGCAGCAGCCAGUGGCUCCUGAUAGUCAGGCCAUGAAAAACCAGCUGAUGGAGAAGGAGAGAAGAAUCCAGCAUCUGGAGCAUGAUUAUGAGAAGACCAGGGCCAGGCAUGACCAGGAGGAGAAACUCAUCAUCAGUGCCUGGUACAACAUGGGAAUGGGGCUGCAUCAGAAAGUGUCUGGUGAGCGGCUGGGCUCCUCCAACCAGGCCAUGUCCUUCCUCGCCCAGCAGAGACAACUCACCAACGCAAGGAGAGGCCUGACACGACACCACCCGAGAUGAGACACGGAGGCGUGACAGUUACCCUCAAAUGAAAAGCAAAGUGCACACAAGGUGAUCCAUGUGAUCUCUGAGUGUCUUUUGCCUUUUUUAUGCCUUCACUGGGAUCACUGUGCCUCAGUUUUGUCACGCUGCUGCUGCCCCCUGCUGGCUCUUACUGAUAUGAGAAGAUUUCUUUUCUCCGUUGGGCUCCAGAGCAGAAGCUCUCUGCUCUGAUAAAAAGUAGGAGUUAUAGGCCUUAAGAAGAGGCGACCUCACCUUUUAAGGUGACUUUUAUUUCCCCUGUGGCUUCUUGGACUUUUUUUUUUCCUUGAACAUCUAUUUAAAAUCCUUUUUUAUUUAUUUUUUUAUGUUAAACAGUGAAACAGAACUGGAACAAGUUUUGUCAGGUGCCAGUUUAAAUGUGAUAGAUGACAGAGAAGUUUGACUACUCCAAGUGCUACAGAACAAAAGCUGCACAAGCGGUCCUCAUACCUCCACUACAGCAG